AUGGACUAUUCGACCAUCUCCCACGAUCCCGAACACCCCGUAGAGGCUUCGCCCUGGGGCUCGCCGCGCGCAGACCGCACUACAUUCUCCGCCACCAACAAUGACAUCCCGUCAUCCCCUUUACCAGCCCAUGACCGUUCUGCGGAGGAGGAGGGCAGAGGCGACGUAGCUCCCCAGUCCCCUGAUCUUUCUGCGCAGCUUCAAAGCGCUCAAUUGGGGGACCCCGAUUACACCGAAGGACAACCGUCUUUUGCGGCGCAGUCGCCCAGCGCCGAUCACCAACGAUCACAGCUCCCCGCGCGGUAUCAGACGAGCAUGCGUCAGCCUUCUCGCCCUGCAGCGCCCGCAUAUAAGAUUCAAGCUAAAAUUACUGGCCUGGAGAGGACCGGCAAGAAAGAUCCCAUUCUCCGCUUCGAUGUCCAUACCAACAUUCCAAAGUUCCGUACUACUCAGUAUCGUGAUGUCCGCCGUACACAUGCCGAAUUUACUAAACUCGCCGAUCAUCUACUCUCAGCGAACCCGGAAGCUCUGGUCCCGGCCGUGCCUCCGCCAGUCACCCCAGCUGGAGCGGGUACCGAUGAGGAUGAGGCUCGCGUGAAAGCAUCAAUGCAACGUUGGAUUAAUGCUGUUCUGAGCAAUGAAAUACUUAUUCAGGAUGAGGAGAUGGUUUUAUUUGUAGAGAGUGACUUCGGUUACAGCCCGGUGGUCCGGAUGAAGCAGCCAGCUACUGGUGUCCGUCGCAAGAUGUUGAAGCAGUUCGCACCCCCUCCAGAUGAUACCCCUGAACUUCAAUCUGCUCGCCCGACUGUUAAGAUGUUUUAUCUGGGUUCAAUGGACACAAGCCAUAAGGUGGAUCGAGUCGUCAAGGGCCGUCGAGGUCUUGGACUCGCCGAGACGGAUUUCGGUGUGAAACUUGGCCAAAUGAGUGUGCAGGAGACACACCCCGGCUUAGCUACGGCGUACCGCAAGUUGGGCAAGGUGAUUCAGACUGUAGGUGACUACCAUGCUGUGCAAGCUACCGCAGAAGCCACCACCCUUGGAGAGCCACUGAGCUACCACUCUGGGGAUGCCUUCAUUGUAAAGGAAACCUUGACCAAUCGACACAUCCUGCUCCGUGAUCUUCUCCAGGCUCAGCAAAGCACCCGCAGUAAACGCGCCGCAGCAGACCGCUUGAAAGUCAGCUCAUCAGUGCGCUCGGAUAAGGUUGACGAAGCAAUAAAUGCCCUUCAGGAUGCUGAGAACCACGAGGAAUACUUGACUAAACGUACUCAGCGUGUCACUGCCAAUUUGUUGCAGGAGAAACGCCGCUGGUUCGACCGCACCACCAAUGAUCUACUUUUCAGCCUGCGCGAGUAUACUUUGCGCCAAAUUGAUGCUGAAAGACGGACUUUGGCAACAUUGGAGAGUGUUCGGCCUGACAUUCGAGCAAUCGACGCUUCUGGAGGAUUGAGCCGUUUGGGUCGCGAAUCUCACCCUGCUCAGCGCCGGCCCAACGUCACAUCUAGCCAAGGUCCCAAAGGAGACUCUUGGAGUGGUGUUCCCCGCCGCACUGACAGUAUGGGUCGUAGCAUUAGUGGCAGCUUUACAGCUCCCCUUCUGAAUGAGGAAGAGGGCGAGGAGGGUGGCAAGGGCCGUCUGCGCUCUACCAGCAAGGUUGAUUCUAUUGCGGAGGAUGACGAUGAUCGCCUGGAUGCUCGCAAUGCGGCUAGUCGGCUAGCCACAAGUACCUUCUAA